CUCAGUUCGUAAUUUAUUGUUAAUACAGUCGUAGUGUAGACAUUGCCGCGAACACGCGUGUUAAUUCAUAAGGACGUAACAUGGAUAUGUUUUGAGCGCGUAAUUCUUUACACAAUCAUAUUAGAUAUAAAUUAAACUUACUAAAGCGACAGAAAAAAUAUGUAAAAUAUAUCUUGGAAGACCACGUAUUGCGCGUAAAAAUCUAAAGUGUUAUUCAAUAUAUAAACCCUAUGUUCAUUCUAUUUUAUGUUUCUAUUACAAAGGAUAAGUUGUAAACCUUUUUUAAUAUUGUAAUUUAUUCAAACCAGUGAGACAAUAAGUGUAGAGCCAUGUACCGGGGGGCGCUGGUGUCGCUGGCGUUGUGUGUCAUCGUCAAGGCCCAAUUCGAGGGCGAGCCGUGUAUAGAUAACGACCUUGUGGGAGUGUGCACCGCCGUCGACAACUGCAUAUCAGCCCGCGAGGGUAUCAGGAACCGAAUACAACCCAAAUUGUGCUCCUUCGAUAGAGAAAUCGCUAUCGUCUGCUGUCUCGACAAUGUUCCUACAACAACUACCGCUCCUGUCGCCACUACACAUAAACCGGUGACAACUACCCCAGACGAUUUCGAGCCUCCUCCAGAGGAAUACGAAAUAGUAGGAGGUAAGACGGACACAUGCGGGCCCGUGGACGCUAACCUGACCUCACCGCGCACUGGACAGCUAGCGUGGGACAAAUGUUUAGAGUACCAGGAAAAACUAGUGUACCCGUGCGAAGACAGCGUUUCAUUGCGCUUCGGUGCGGGUAAGGAGAGGAAGAACAAAUGCCACCUAAGCGCAGAUAGCCUCAUCGUGGGAGGAAAAGAUGCAGAUAGAAACGAGUUUACCCACAUGGUGCUAUUAGGUUUUGGCGAAGAUCCGCGCAAAGUCAAAUGGGAUUGUGCAGGCUCUCUAAUUAGUGAAUACUUCGUUCUCACUGCCGCCCAUUGCGUCACAAGCGCCGACAGCGGUAAUGUCACGUAUGCCAGUGUGGGCGUGCUGACGAGAAGCGAGGUGGCACCCGACAACACGUACAAGAUCAGUGAGAGGUUCCGGCACCCCUCCUUCAGACGCGGCGUGUACAACGACAUCGCACUCCUCAGGCUGGAACGAGAAGUAAUUCUGGGCGAGUACAGAGUUCCUGCUUGCCUGCAUGUCGGAGAUACGGUGAAAGACGCCAGAGCUAUGGCCACUGGUUGGGGCCUGCUGGAGUACAAGGGUAACGUCUCUGACAUACUGCAAAAAGUAACCCUUAAGAAAUACCGAUCUCGCAUUUGUAAGGCGAUAUUUCCACCACACACACUGGUUUCACAUAAUUACGACGAAAAGACUCAACUUUGCUUCGGCGGGUACAACGAUACUCAACCCGGGGACACUUGCAACGGUGACAGCGGUGGCCCAUUGAUGAUAAAACACAAAAAGAUAAAUUGCAUGUAUUUGAUUUUGGGUGUCACAUCUGGAGGCAGAGGGUGUGCGUGGCGCGGGAAGCCAGGCCUGUACUCUAGGGUUUCGCACUACAUUUCAUGGAUAGAAAGUGUUGUGUGGCGUUAAAACGCUCAUUCAAAACAAAAUCUAGAAUUAAAUACAACUUGAAUAUUGUUUUAUUCAAAUUUUAAGACAAUAUUAAAAUAUUAAUUCCGCCGAAUGAAUUGCAUUUUGUUUAUAAUUAUAAGUAACUAGGUAUUGCUCGCGACUUCGCCCGCAUCUAGCCCACUACAAAAGUAGACUAAACUGUUUCCAUAGUAAUAUAAGCGGUCUUUGAGUAAGUCUAGAAAUUUCUGUAGUGAUUAAUUGGGCAUCUGUACAAUGCUAAUUUAUUUCAAAAUCAGAAAAAAAAUAUUACCUAUGUCUAGGAUAUGUUCCAAUCCGAUGAACUGAUUCUGCGUUUACUAUAAGAUUGCAAUCUUAAGUAAAAUAAACUUCAAUACGUAAAUAUUAAAUAUUCACCUACGCUAAUACUUAGUCCGAAGGUUGUGAAACAAACUUUUACGCGGAUGCGAUCAGAAAGCAAGUAGGUACUUACCGAAUACGAUAGCUACAAUACGAUACAGUCGUUUUCAAUAAACGAUCCCAAUCUCAAUCUUCAUUCCGAUUCCCAGCAAGAACCAAAUACCUCAUUUGUAAGCAUGUCAAAAAAAGCUUUGUUCUCAUUGGUCCAUUUUUGAUAUAGAUGGAAAAGGCGAUUAGAAUCGUUUAUUGAAAAUGGUGCUAAAGGCUUGUCAACUGUAUGCACGAUCUUUCAAAUGAACUUGCAUUACAAUUUACAACCUCAUCCAUUUAUACUGUCGAAAGCAAUAACGACCAGACCCACUAUUUUCGGAUCGAUCUCGACAACAAACCUCUCGGAAAAGGUUAUCUACAAGCAAGUCAACUAAAUGAUGUGUUCAGAUUGGUCGAGAUAUAUUAUAAUGCAAUUAAAAUUGGCAUUGAAAUUUGAGUCGACUUUAGAAGAAAGUCCACAAAAAUUGUUUAUUCAUGAUAUGAAGCUUAUAGAUAUUAAAUGUAACAAAUCUUGAUUAAACAAUUUUCUACUAUAGAAUACUCCGAUUUCUUCACAGAUAGCUGCAAUUUUGUAUUAAAUUUUACCACUACUUAUUUUGUUAAUUAUAUUUCUAAGAAUUAAACACAAUAUUGUCAA